ACUCGGAAAGAAAUAAAAAUUAUCCUUGUUGUUUCGAUGUGGGCGUCAAAUACUGCUACGCCUAGCACAUUGUCAGUGGAGACAAGAGUUGAUUUUCUAGUGCCCAUCACAGUUAAACACUAUUGUUCUACUGUGUAGGGGGUAAGUAAAUUUGACCCCAAAAAAAGGGCUGCAGCUUGAAAACGUGUGCGUGUGAGAGAGGACCGAGGAGACACGCCUAAGUUAAUUGAAAUGCCCAUAUAGUUUAAGCUUAUGUUUCCCUGUCUGAUGAUCAGCUCAGCUCUGCAGGAAAAGCCCUAUCCUCUUCCUCUCCUUCUCCCAAUCCUAAUCAAGAUAAAAUCAGAGAAAAGGUCAGAUUCCAGCACCACCUUGUAGAUAUUGUCUUGACAAAGACCCACUUUUUUAUUAUUAUUAUAAUAAUAAGAAUUAAUCAAAGCGCGUAGCCGAAAAGCUGUUUUAGACGAGGACAUAAAGUGAUAGACUCCAUCAAUGGAAGCAUUAAGAAGAAGAUGAAAGCAGGAGCAGCUGCUGUAUCCAGCCUGUGAGAAAACCAAGCUUCCUUUUUUUUCAGAUAUCUAUCCCUCCACUUCAAUUUUGCAUUGAAGUUUCAUUCUUUCUCAGAAAUUUCCGUUCUUUGCAUAUCAUCUGUAGAGGGUAGAGAUUAGGAAAAGGUAUGGAGAUUUGUGGUGAAGGCAAUUCUGGUGAAAUCUAUAGGAAUUCUUCUUUAGGAAGCAGCAGUGUUGGUGGUGGUGGUGGUGGUGAUGGUUAUAGCAACAAUCCAAGAAGGUAUGGAAUUAAUAUAGCAGCAUCAAAUUUGAUAAAUGCUCCAUUAACAACCCUUUUGGAAUACUCGGGUAUACUAGGAGGAAGCACCUCCAGUUAUUCUCAAGAAAGGGAGCAACUGAUUUCUUCUCCAUCUACCGCUACUGGUGGUGGUGGUCAUCAGGAGGUUACAAUUAGGAUAAUUGGCUCCGCAGAGAAUGAUCAUGAUGAUGGACCCAAUACUUCCCCAAAUGUUGAGGAGUUACCAUAUGGUCAACGAGGUGGGGUUGUGGAGGGGAAUGCGAAUACUGAAAGCUCUAUUUCUGAUGGGUCUUCUGGAAUUGCCACAGAUUCAUCAUCUUCAUCUUCUUCUUCAUCUUCUUCUUAUCAGAGAUAUGAUAUUCAGAACUUGGCUAGGUGGAUUGAGCACGUUCUUCCAUUUUCUUUGCUGUUGCUUCUUGUUUUUGUUCGUCAACAUUUGCAAGGCUUUUGUGCUGCGUUGUGGAUUGCUGCAGUUUUAUUUAAAUCAAAUGAUAUUCUAAGGAGGCAGACAGCUCUAAAGGGAGAGAGAAAGAAGUCUGUUCUCCUAGGCAUGACUGUAGUGUUGAUUCUUCAUGUGAUGUCAAUUUAUUGGUGGUAUAGGAAUGCUGACCUUCUAUAUCCAUUGGUUUUACUUCCUCCAUCCACAAUACCUCCUUUCUGGCAUGUUUUAUUUAUCAUCAUUGUGAAUGAUGCGUUGGUGCGACAGGUAGCAAUGGUGUUCAAAUGCAUGCUUUUGUUGUUUUACAAGAAUAGCAGAGGCCACAAUUACCGCAAACAGGGUCAAAUGCUAACUCUGGUUGAGUAUUUUCUGUUACUGUACCGUGCCUUGUUGCCGACACCUGUUUGGUAUCGUUUCUUCUUAAACAGGGAAUAUGGAAGCUUUUUUUCGUCAUUAGUCACAGGGUUAUAUUUAACCUUCAAGCUUACCACAGUUCUGAGGAAGGUCCAACUAUUCUUCACUGCAUUGCGGACCUUGUCACAUAAAGAAAUGUACUAUGGUUCUUAUGCCACAUCUGAACAGGUCAAUGCAGUGGGGGAUCUCUGUGCCAUUUGCCAGGAGAAGAUGCAUGCUCCCAUUUUACUACGCUGUAAACACAUAUUCUGUGAAGAUUGUGUUUCUGAAUGGUUUGAUCGAGAAAGGACGUGUCCAUUAUGCAGGGCUUUGGUCAAAUCAGCAGAUAUUAAGUCAUAUAGUGAUGGAUCAACCAGUUUGUUCUUCCAGCUAUUCUAAGAUAUGAUGCUUGUUCUUAAACCAGGACCACUUUCACCUUUCAAAGCCAAAUGCCUAUGCCAUUCUACAGGUUCUCUUCGUAUGUUCUCGGCAGAUAUUUUUUCGAAGCACUGCUGACAGUUCACUGGAUCUAAAUGUUGACGUUCUCCUAUUUGUUGCAAUCCAGAGGUUAGGUAGAUAUUCCGGCCAAUUCAAUGUAUUUAUAAUCUUUGAACCACAGAUGGAGCACUUCCAGAUCUUCUGUCAGUAACCAUCGCGUUAACUUUUUUCCUUCUUUUUUCUUCUUUUCUUUUUGUUUUUGAAAAAUAUAUUCAAUGUAUUAUAUCCUAUUGCAACAAUUAUGGUUAGCAAUGCACUUUGCAAUGUUGCAAAAGUUCUUAUA